AUGGGGACCGUAUUUGGAUUUACGGCUUCCAAGGACGAUGAACUACGGGAAACAGCGUGGUUAGACGGGCUGCGAGGUGUGGCAGCCUUUCUAGUCAUGGUGUACCAUUACCAUCUCGACAUGUUCAAGUUUAACACUGAAGCGCCUUACGGUGCUCCAAAUACACAGCCAUGGGAACUUUGGAGGUUACCGUAUCUACGGAUCAUCUGGUGCUCGGGACACACGCAAGUCGGCAUUUUCUUUGUGCUCUCUGGAUUCGUCCUAAGUUGGUCAAGCCUAUCCUCGAUCCGCGAAGGACGACCGGAGAAAUUCGUACAAUCUCUGGGCUCUGCGUCUUUCCGACGGUGGAUGCGGUUAUUUUUGCCUUGCUUUUUGAUCGGACUUCUCUCCUUGCUACAGUUCUAUUUUGCCCUGGUAGAGCUACCCAUAACGAGGAGGAGUUCUUUUUCUGCCCAGCUUUUGGACUACCUCUGGGAGUGCGAACGCUUCUCAAAUCCCUUUCACUUGGAGCGAACCAAUUGGGAAGUUCUGCACAAGUAUAAUCAUACGAUGUGGACCAUGCCAGUGGAAUGGGCCGGGUCAUUGGUCGUGUUCAUGGUUCUGCUGAUGGUCAGCCGGAUACAAAGCUACACGAGACGAACCAUUAUUCUAGCUAUGGUGCCCAUCUACAGUUGUCUAUCUGCAAAAUGGAACUACUGGCUAUUCACCACUGGAAUCCUUCUCGCAGAUUAUGUUAAGCAAGCUGGUGGUUUCAAACAGCUCUCCGAUCACAUGAGUCGUCGCUCUCGUCUCUUCUGGAUCUUUGUCCUCCUUGUUGGUGGUUGGCUAGGCGGCAUCCCAGGGAAACGUGAGUGGUACGAACGUCCGGGUUACGAGUGGACCGACAACUGGAUUCCCACAAACUGGCAGGAUAUUGAAGGCGGACAACGCUACUUCUGGUGCUGGUCCGGAAUCAUGAUCAUCUGGGGGCUUGCCCACUUCACCACCUUGCGUCGAUUCUUCGAGCGGCCAUUCUGUCGAUAUCUGGGAAAGAUCAGUUUUAUGUUGUAUCUUACCCAUCGUAUGAUCGGAACUAUCCUAGGCGGUCCGAUCCGCAAGCAGAUCCUCAAUGUUCUCGGCACGCAUUAUCGAGCUCCUGACCAGCCGGAGAUCGAGCUGGUAGAGAUCAAUGGGUUUUUCUGGAAUAUUGUCGCGUAUCUAUUGGCGUGGGCAUGUAUGCUCCCACUUGCCUUGGCGUUGGCGAACUGGAGCACAAUUCUGGUUGAUGAGCCUUGUGUCAAGUUCACGAAGUGGGUGGAUGAUAAAUUUGUCAACGGUUUUGUGCUGGAGCAUGAGCGGCGUGCGACAUAA